UGCAGAGUGCUUGGCCAUGUCAAGCAGCUGCAGUAUAUAAGCCGGGACUCCUUGAAAUAUCGAGACCCACCCUCUUACCGUCCAGGACAGGCCGCACAGAAAUGGCAAGCAGAAAGACCAAGAAGAAGGAGGGAGGUGCCAAGCGUGCCCAGAGGGCCUCGUCCAACGUCUUCUCCAUGUUUGAACAGACUCAGAUCCAGGAGUUUAAAGAGGCUUUCACGCUGAUCGAUCAGAACAGGGAUGGGUUUAUCGAUAAGGAGGACCUCAAAGACACAUACGCUUCUCUUGGUAAACUGAAUGUUAAAGAUGAUGAGCUGGAAGGCAUGCUUAAAGAAGCCACGGGGCCCAUCAACUUCACAAUGUUCUUAAAUCUGUUUGGAGAAAAGUUACAUGGUACGGACCCAGAAGAAACAAUACUUAACGCCUUUAAAAUGUUUGAUCCGGACAACAAGGGACACAUUCCCAAAGAUGUGUUACAGACAAUGCUUAUGACACAGGCGGACAAGUUCACAAUGGAGGAGGUCCAGCAGAUGUUCCAGUCUUCUCCAAUUGACCAGGCUGGUAAUCUGGACUACAAGAGCCUGUGUUACAUCAUCACACAUGGAGAGGAAAAGGAAGAGUAGGAAAUUCUGUAGAAAUCAGUGUGAAAUGUGAAUAAACUCUGACUUGAA